UGUCAAGUAGACCCUCAGCCGCUAUGUAAACGAAGCCGCCGACCAUGUCAAACUCGAGUUCCGACGAGGAGUCGCACACCUGUGCUGUGCACCGCUCCGCGACGUGUCGUCCGGCGCGCCGUGACGCGCGCGCGGAGGCAGGCGCGGGCCGCGGCGUGGAGCGCUACGCUGCGAGUCAGCGACGGUGAUCGCGCGUAAAAAUGAAAUGGGGCAUUGAGUGAAAGUACUCGCACGGCGGCGAGCGGGCGAGCGAAGGCGCCUGCCUCUUAUAUCAGAUCAAAUGCCGCGCAACCUGUGGACCUUUUGUGCCCUCUUGUCCCUGGCCAGCCUGGUCUCGACGUUGGAGAAUGGCUUGGCCAGAACACCCCCUAUGGGCUGGUUGGCGUGGGAACGAUUCAGAUGUAAUACCGACUGCAAAAACGAUCCGGACAAUUGCAUAAGUGAUCGGCUCUUCAAGACCAUGGCGGAUAUAGUAGUAGCUGAAGGAUAUGCCGCAGUAGGAUAUAAUUAUAUUAAUGUGGAUGACUGUUGGUUGGAGAAGGAUAGAGACUUUAAUGGACAGCUUGUGCCAGACAGACAGCGAUUCCCAUAUGGCAUGAGAAAUCUGGCAGAUUAUGUGCAUUCAAAAGGACUCAAAUUUGGUAUCUAUGAAGAUUAUGGUAAUUACACCUGUGCUGGAUAUCCAGGUGUACUGGGUUAUCUAGAAACUGAUGCUGCCACAUUUGCAUCUUGGGAUGUGGAUUAUGUGAAAUUAGAUGGAUGCUAUUCACAUCCUUCUGAUAUGGACAGAGGAUAUCCCGAGUUUGGAUUUCACCUGAAUCAAACUGGAAAGUCUAUGGUGUAUUCCUGUAGUUGGCCAGUUUAUCAAAUUUAUGCUGGUAUGCAGCCAAAUUACACUGCUAUAAUAGAGCAUUGCAAUCUUUGGCGCAACUUUGACGACAUCCAGGAUUCCUGGGCCAGUGUGGAGAGCAUCAUCGAUUAUUAUGGUAACAAUCAGGACGCGAUCGUGCCUAAUGCCGGUCCUGGCCACUGGAAUGAUCCAGACAUGUUGAUUAUCGGCAACUUCGGACUGAGUUACGAACAAAGUAAAACGCAAAUGGCACUCUGGGCCAUACUGGCAGCGCCGUUGCUGAUGUCCGUCGAUCUCAGAACAAUCAGACCAGAAUACAAAGCCAUUCUGCAGAACAAGAAGAUCAUUGCCGUGGACCAAGAUCCGCUGGGUAUUCAAGGUCGACGGAUAUACAAACACAAGGGCAUUGAGAUCUGGGCGAGGCCCAUCACUCCCGUUUACCAAAACUACUACUCGUACGCGAUCGCGUUCGUCAACAGGCGAACGGACGGCACACCGUCCGACGUGUCUGUCACGCUGAAAGAGUUGGGUCUUCAAUAUCCCGGCGGUUACCGCGUGGAGGAUCUGUACGAAGACGUGGAUUACGGCAUACUGACGCCGCAGACCAAGAUCAAGGUCAAGGUGAACCCGUCGGGUGUGGUAAUACUGCGAUGCAACCUGACUGUAGAUGAUGUCUUUCGCUACUCGUCGUACGCGCCCUUAAAUCAGGUGUUCAAAGUUAGACAAAACUCGUUCAAAUGACCUUACGUCUAAGUAUUACCGAUUUUCUAUCGGCACCCUCCAAUUGUGUCGCGCCUUACAUUAACGUAUUAUUAUAAGGAAGGAAAUAGGAAAUAAAGAAUUUUUUAAACUUUA